GUCUACAUUCGGCUUUACAGUGAUGUUAACGGAUAACCUGGGCUGGGGCAUACAACAACUCUGGAGCUCACUGUAAACAACUGCUUCGUCGUUGGGCAUAAAACACAAAUCCUUGUGUAUUGCUGACAACUGACAGAAAUGUCAGAGACGUCAAGUGAUGCAGAGUUGCCCUGUGGCUGGACCAUUAUCAGUAAUGAGGGCUCCGAUAUCGAGACGUUGGGAUUGGAGGCUGCAGUGGAAUAUGGAGCCGAGCUCUUAGAGCACUCUUCAUUGGAGGAAGCAGAGCUGCGGGAUAAACAGGCUUCAGCAUCAAAUGCUCAGUGUGUUGAAGAGAAGGUUGCUGAGACACUUGAUGAAACUCUGGAAGAACAAACCAUAGAUGAGACACUGUGUGCUUCAGAGGCCGGAGACACCGCAGGGAAACAGCAUGUGACUUUGUUGUCCUCCAGCGAUCACUCGGACAUUGUGACUCUUGGAGACUUAAAGGAGGACGAGCAUGCUGAUGCGGAAGAAGAGGUGGCAACAAACAAGGAGUUUUACCUCGGAACGUCCUGCAGCAGCCAGUACGCCUUCACUGCUGCAGAGGCUGUUUUUCCAGUGCAGCAGCCUACAUUGACAAACUCGAGCAGCAGCGAGGAUGAGGCAGGUCGAAGCGCCAGCAAUGUUGUCCGAAGACGAAGGUUGAGGAAGAACACCACGAGCAUUGUCAAAGAGCCUGAGGAGGAGGAGGAGGUGCUGGAGUCUGGCCAGAGUGAGGAAGAGGGGGAGGAGGAGGCCAAAGAACAGACGCAGCAGCAGGAGGACGAGGCAGAAAUUAGAAGUCUGGAUGUCCGAAUGCAAGGCCGGGCCAGCAGCAUCCUCAACGGCUGUAUCCUGAUCGCCCUCGUCGUAGCCAUCAGUAUGGGCUUCGGCCACUUUUAUGCAGGACCACGGCAGCAGCUGCAACCACGAUACAGGUGCUACCACGACGAUCUAUGGAAAUUUGAUGUUGUGAGGGAUCUGAUUCAACAACAUGUUGGAGAACAAUCUUUUACAAACCAGGGUGACGAUGACCUGGAUGAGCAAACAGUUAGUUUGCUGCUCACAGAAGUAAUUGAGAAGAUAAAGACCGAGAACCAGGAGCUCAACAUCAAACAGGCACAGAUUCAGGCCCAGAGAGAUGACCUGGAAAUGUUGCUGAAACCUAAGGCUGAGGAGAGGAAUAACAUUGUGUCUCAGCAGCAGAGUUUGACAGCUGAGAACCAGCUGCUGAAAACCUCCCUAGAACGUGAAGAAAAGUCCCUCUCCACCUUACAGGAGGAGCUGAGAAACCUGCACUCUAAGAUUGGAGAUCUGGAGGCGAUGCGAGCUGGUGCUGACUCGCUGCUGUUGGAAAACCAGAGGCUGAAAGACCAGCUGGAGGAGGAGAAACAGCUGAUCCGAAGCUUCCACGGCCAAAGGGGAGACAUGAUGGCCGAAGCGCAGACACUGAGGAAGAAGCUCGACAAGGAGAGAACGAUUACAGGUGAGCUGAGGAGAGAGUUAAAUGUGCUCAGAAGUCACAUCCCCAGAGCUGGGAAGGAAGCCAGUUCAGAACCAGAAGAGCUCCAGUCACGUCUGAUGGAGCUGGAGGAGAGACUGAGCUUCGCGCAGCAGCGCUCGGACCUGUGGGAGAGGCUGUACGUGGAAACCAAAGAAGACCGAGUUAAAGGAGACAAAGAGCCCAAAGUGAAAAGAACAAAAGAGGGCAUGGCAGGGAAAGUGAGAGAGACCUUUGAUGCUGUGAAGAACUCCACCAAGGAGUUUGUCCAUCACCACAAAGAGCAGAUAAAGAAAGCAAAGGAAGCCGUGAAGGAGAACCUGAGGAAGUUUUCAGAUUCUGUCAAACUAACUUUCCGACACUUCAAGAAUUCCGCUUCGACCGUCCUCAACAAAGCCAGAGGCUUUUAUGAUAAAAGACGGGAUGAGAAGAACACAGAGGAGUCGUGGGAGCACAGAUCCCACAAGCCUCAUCGCAGACACCAGCACCAAUAUGAUGACUCGUCCCAGAACAACCACAACACCCGAAAAUCAGGAGACAAAGUUCACCAAGAUCGAGGUCAAGACGCCCACAAGGCCAACUUGAACGGCUGCUACGGCGUUUUUGACUGUGCCUACCAGGAGUCCAUGAGUCUCUUCAACAAAGCCAUGGACCCAAUCAGAGCAGACGAAUUUUACCAGCUGCUGCAGAGCUACCUGCAGCAAGAAGUCGACCACUUCCACCACUGGAAAGAGCUGGAGGUGUUCGUCAACAACUUCUUCCACAACGGCGUGUUCAUCCACGACCAGAUGCUGUUCACAGACUUUGUCAGCGGCGUGGAAAACUAUCUGACUGGCAUGCACGAGUAUCACGGCCUUGAUGACGACGCGUUCAGAGAUCUUGAUGACUUUGUCUACCGGCACUUCUUUGGAGAGGCUUACAGAAAAACCUAUGGCCCACACGGGCCAUUUGAGAGACCCGACACAGACUCGAAGGAGUCGAGGGCGAAGCACCAACAGCGAAAGCAGCAGAGAGCCAGGUCUCGACCACACAGCGAACGCAAGUGGAGCCGAUCAGGAAGAAAUGCAGACGGGCACAUGGCUGACGUCAAAAUAGAACUGGGCCCGAUGCCGUUUGAUCCCAAAUACUGAAAAUAUGUCAAUGGAUUUAAUAUUAUAGCAGCAAAUUUUAUUUUGGGUUGUAUUUAGAUGCAAAGUCUCAUUUUUUUUGUAAGUUUGCACAAUGUUAAUUUUGAAUGCUACUGAACGUCCUUGAGCUGUUUUGUGUUUAGUGAAGUUAUUGUUAUGUUUGAGUGGAAGAUGUGUUUGAGAAGUAUGAGUUGAUUUUGAAUUUUACAAAUGUGAAGAUAAAACAUUCUUCAUUUUUGGCUAAUUAUGGACCUGAUGAAACACAUUUGAUACUUCUCUUCAACCACAAAAUCAACAAAAUUAUUGAGCGGAGGAAUGUUGAUUGGGAAACUUAAAAACAAAAUGGAAAAUAUAGACAUAACAUAUUUUGUGGUUUUGUUGUUGUUUCUGUGUACAGCCAUGUAGUUGUUUUAAUGUGCUGCUACAAAUACAUGUUUGUGGGACAGGUUGUCAUUUGUUUUUAGAAUUAAGAUGCAUUUCUAACAUUCCACCUCAAGCUUGUUUUAACUGGACCUGGGAGUUUUUAUUUACAUGUGUUGGGAAAAAAAUUACUGGAAAAAUGUCACCCAAUUUAGUUAUACAUUUGAGACACAUCUGACAAUUGGUAUUUCAAAAAACACAUUUGAGUUUAAAAUAUUUAUUUCAGUAUGAAAUCCAUAUCAUGUGACAUUGUCAUUACGGAAUAAAACUUGCCAUUGUUCCAGUGUUUGUCAGUGCCUUUCAUAAAUAAAGAUGCUUCCUCCAACUCUU